AUGGGUGACGACACAUACUUAAAAUCCAUUAAGAUGGUUUCUGUCCCAUCAUUUCGCCCGAAUUCAAACUUUCCACAGUUAUGCGAUAAAGUAACAGUUGGAUGGGAUGCGAGAAGGGGAAGAUUCGUUCAGGCAACAGAAGAUAUACCAAUUGGAACUGUGGUUUGCGUUGAACAGGGAAUCACAGUAAACGUUGAUCAAAGUAAAUGCUAUCGGUGUCUCAAACAACUUGGAGACGACGGAUUCGCCUACUGCGAAAGCUGUGAAGAGUUCUACGAACCUGAUGCAAUCGCCUGUGGAGAUUUCGACGGACUCGGAAUUUUCAAACUUUCUGCUCAUCUCGUUUUCAGUUAUCCAUUCCUAGAUAUGGCCAAUCUAAUCCGAUCCAAUGACCCAGAAAUCCCACAGUCGGCUCCAACUUACUUGUCAACCAAGGAUGUCACAUCCGUUUUUCAGUUAACGCCUUACCGAGAAAUAGGAGAAGCUUUCAAAGAGCCUCCUCUUCAAGCAGCAAUCAAUAAAAUUGUGACCUCGUUAGAAGAUGAUGCAAACUGGGGAAGGUUGGAGUACAACAGCCGACUAGUGACAUUCACAAAAGCUUUGCGGAUAAUGGCGGAAAGAUGUGCUAAAAAUGCUCACACUAUUUACGGUAUCGAUCAGAUGGAGGCCAAAGAUAAAAAAGUACCACUUGGAACUGGACUCUUCCCGAUUUCUUCCAUUUUCAACCACUCCUGCACUCCAAACGUUUAUGGAUUCUUCGUCAGAAACACGUUCAUCUUUGUCAGUCGCGGAGUGAAAGCUGGAGAGGAGCUAGUGGAUUCUUAUGGAGUGACCUACAAUCAGCACACUCUUCAACAGAGAACAUACGGAGAUUAUUUGAAGCCUGGAUCGAAGGAAAUAGAAGACUUGAUUGUUGAAUUCGGAAAGAGAAGGGAUGCUGAAGUGUACACAGAACACAUGUUCAUGCUGUGGAAGAAGUUUGUGGAGAAUGCUAAACUACGCGGAAUCGACUAUGAUCCAUAUCUCAUUCACCCAUACAUCGAAAUGGUUAUAUUAUCAUGGAAUAAUGAAGUAGAGUGUUCAGAGGAGGAGAAAGCAUCACUGCUUUUCAUAACACAUCGUCUUCUUCGUAACUUCUACGUCGGAUUUCAUCCAGUUUCAGAUAUCAUUCCGGAAUUGGUGGACCAAUCAGCGAAAUAUGAGAUCAACCAGAUCAGAAAUACUGUAGAACGACUAAUCGCGAGAUCCAGAUCUGUAUGGGAACACACUGAUUAUCAAGGCUCUCAGAAACAACCUGAAAACAAGAAUGGAAUGACUGUGAUUCAUAAUUAA